AUGGGGCGGGGCGGGGGCACCGGGAUGGGGCGGCUGUACCGGGAUGGGGAAGCUGCACCUGACCCCCCCCGACCCCGCGGGACCCCUCUGGAGUGGGAUCGAACGGGAGCCCGUCACGGGUGGCACAGCGCGGGCUGGGGCAGGGGUGGGUCCGCUGGCUCCGGAUGGUUUGGGCGGCACAUGGGUUUGGGGGUCCUGCCACACGCAUGGCCCGGGGUGACCCCCUGUCCCUCCUUCCCGGCAGCGUCGGGGCUGGCGGAGAUGGGGGCACACUGGAUCCACGGCCCCUCGCCGGGGAACCCCGUGUUCCGCCUGGCCUCCCAGUACGGCCUGCUGGGCCCGGAGGCUGCCCUGGAGGAGAACCAGCAGGCAGAGGCGGGGGGACACCCUCCGCUGCCCUCCGUCACCUACAGCAGCUCGGGGAGGGUGCUGAGCUCUAAGGCGGUGAGCGAAGCCCGCGACCUCUUCUACGCCCUCCUGGCCUCCACCCGCGCCUUCCAGGGGUCCAAGGAGCCACCGGCGCCCAGCGUGGGCCAGUACCUGCGGGCAGAGAUCGCCCGGAGGGUCCCCACGAUGGCGGGGGGCGUGGAGGACGCCCGGCGGCUCCAGCUGGCCGUGCUCGCCGCCUGCCUCAAGCUGGAGUGCUGCAUCAGCGGGACCCACAGCAUGGACCUGGUGGCCCUGGAGCCCUUCGGGGAGUACGUGUCGCUGCCCGGCCUGGACUGCACCUUCCCAGGCGGCUACAGCAGCUUGUCCGAGCGCCUCGUCUCGGAUCUGCCCGAGGGCACCGUCCUGCUCAACAAGCCAGUGAAGACCAUCCGGUGGCGAGGGUCCUUCCGCGAGGAAGGGGACGAUUCCAGGGAUUUCCCCGUCCGGGUGGAGUGUGAGGAUGGGGACGCCUUUCUUGCCGACCACGUCAUCGUCACUGUCCCCCUGGGUUUCCUCAAAGAACACCACCAGGAAUUCUUCCAGCCUCCCCUUCCCGAGCGCAAAGUGGAGGCCAUUCAGCGCCUGGGCUUUGGCACCAACAACAAGAUCUUCCUGGAGUUCGAGCAGCCUUUCUGGGAACCCGAGCAGGAGCUCCUGGAAGUGGUGUGGGAGGACGAGUCACCCCUUGAGGAGCCCAGCGCCGACCUGGAGGCCAACUGGUUCAAGAAGCUCAUCGGAUUCGUGGUCCUCCAGCCCCCGGAGCAGCACGGGCACGUCCUCUGCGGCUUCAUCGCCGGGAAGGAGUCGGAGCACAUGGAGACGCUGAGCGACGCCGAGGUGCUCAGCGCCAUGACCCGCCUCCUCCGCAGGCUCACAGGGAACCCCAGCCUGCCGGCCCCCAGGAGCGUGCUCCGGUCCCGCUGGCACAGCGCUCCCUACACCCGCGGCUCCUACAGCUACGUGGCCGUCGGCAGCUCCGGGGACGACAUCGACGUGCUGGCACAGCCCCUGCCCGAGGACCCCCAGGACCCCCGGCCCCUACAGCUCCUCUUCGCCGGCGAGGCCACGCACCGCACCUUCUACUCCACCACCCACGGCGCGCUGCUCUCGGGCUGGCGGGAGGCCGAGCGGCUCAACCACCUCCUCCAGCCUCCCAUCCCUCCUCCUCCUCAGCCCUGAGGGGGGCGGCCAA